GUGGUGCAGGUGACGUAUGGAAUGGAUGGUGAAUGAUUUUUUAUUUAUUGCGUGCUGCCAUUCGUCAUUGCCGGCCUGUGAAUACUUUUCAAGCUGAUAAAAACACCUUGUCGCGUAAUUGCGAAGUGAUCUUGUGCAAUUAUAAUGUAAAUCUUAUAACGUGCAAGCUAGACAAUAUCUAAUUUGCGGCAAAGUAGAUAAACAAUUUAACUGAAUAGUACAUUAUUGACAGCACAAAUAUUAUUUUGACCCAAGAUGUCGCUCUGGGCUAGAGCGCAACAGCUGCCACCAGAGAGCUUGCAGAAGGUACGCGCUAUAUACGUGGAUCAGUUCCCGAUUGAAGUACGGCACUGCCUUGCCUCAUGGAUCGAGACCAGGAUUUGGACGCCCGAACCGGAAGAGCAGCAGCGCUACUUCGUAGAGGAGCUGGUGCACGAGAUAAAUACUCACGCGGAACUGUUGCUGUCAUCCGAUAUGUUCGUCACGAGGAUGAAGCUGUUAGAGGCUGCUAAGAACAUCCACAUGCAGUACAACCACGCGCCUCAAGAGUUAUACGCGUACAUGCGGCGUUGCCUGGCGCUCGAGAUGGAAGUCAUUCAGAGCGCCAUGGGCCCACAAUACGCGCCGCCCACCGAAAGAAAGUAUAGCGAGUUGAUCACCGGUCUGCAGACGGUCCGCCAGAAGGUCAACCUGGUCAGCGACGAGAUCCGCAACCUGCAGACCAACAUGGAGUCCUUUUCCAUCCAGUACCACGAGUGCAUCAAGAACAAGGGGCACAUUACAUACCUUCAACAAGCGGGCCCCAUGACGACGGAGCGCCGCGACUUGGAGGCAUGUUUGCGCAUCCAAAUCGAAGAGAUGGAGCGGAAGCUCAACGUGCUGGUGGCCCAGAUCAACCAAUCGCAGCUGGAACUAGCGGACCACAUGAAGGAGAAUAUCGCGGCACUGAGACAGCUGCAGAGCCAAGUCCUGGAUGAGGAGCUCAUCAAAUGGAAGCGCGAACAGCAACUCAGCGGUAACGGCGUGCCCAUGCAGUCCAACCUGAACACCAUCCAGGAGUGGUGCGAGCUGCUAGCCGACCUCAUCUGGACCAGCAGACAGCAGGUGACCAACGUAUCCCGCAUCAACAAUAAGACGAUCCCUGAGCUUCGUCAGCCGCACCUCAUUGAAAUGUUGGAGGAUAUGAGCAAGCAGGUGACCAACUUGCUGUCUACCCUCGUAACGUCAACAUUUGUGAUAGAGAAACAGCCGCCGCAAGUCAUGAAAACCAACACUCGCUUCACGGCCACCGUCCGUUUGCUAGUCGGCGGGCAACUCAACGUUUACAUGACCCCGCCCAGAGUCAGUGUGGCAAUAAUAUCCGAGCAGCAAGCGCAACUGCUGCUCAAGAGCGAGACUCAAGCGGGCAAGGGCAAAGCGCCAGUCGAGUGCGGAGACAUCCUCAACAACAGCGGCGUCAUGGAGUACCAGGCCACCAGCCGCCAGCUUAGCGUCAGCUUCAGAAACAUGCAGCUUCGCAAGAUAAAGCGCGCGGAAAAGAAAGGCACAGAAAGCGUCAUGGAUGAGAAGUUAACGCUUCUCUUCCAGUCGCAGUUCAAUGUGGGAGGUGGCGAGUUGGUCUUCCAGGUGUGGACGCUGUCUCUGCCUGUAGUAGUGAUAGUCCACGGCAACCAGGAACCCCACGGCUGGGCCACCGUCACGUGGGACAACGCCUUCAGCCCGCCGGGGCGCGUGCCCUUCGCCGUGCCCGAUAAGGUGUCAUGGGGCCAGCUAGCGGAGACGCUCCGCAUAAAGUUCUACUCGGCCACGUCCGGCGGAGACUUGUCGGAGGACAACCUCCGCUUCCUAGCGGAGAAGAUCUUUAGAACGAGUCUCCCCAUGAAUUUGCUAGAACUGAACGCCAUGAUGGUCUCCUGGACUCAGUUCUGCAAGGACGCGCUGCCGGAGCGGAACUUCACCUUCUGGGAGUGGUUCUACAUGGUCGUGAAGGUCACGCGCGACUACCUGCGCACGCUGUGGUGCGACGGCCUGAUCAUGGGCUUCAUCCAGAAGAAGCAAGCCGAAGAGAUGCUCGCCAAGUGCACGCCUGGCACCUUUCUGCUGCGGUUCUCGGACUCUGAGCUUGGAGGGAUCACUAUCGCCUGGGUUGGAGAGGGCAACGAAGUAUUCAGUCUUCAACCAUUCACAUCCCGCGACCUGAUGCUGCGCUCGCUCGCCGACCGCGUGCUGGACCUGCCGCAGCUCCAGCUUUUGUAUCCCAACGUGGCCAAGGACACGGUCUUCAGCAAGUACUACACCAAGCCCGAGAACGAAAUGCUAAAGAACGGCUACGUGAAGCCAGUGCUGGUGACGACGCUGCCGCCCUACAUGUCCUCGAUGGCGAGCUACGCGCACUCGCCGGACUCGCACCGGCACACGCCCGCGCACAGCAGCUGCUUCAGCGCGGCCACUCCUGCUCCUACCGAGUCCACGUUCAUGGAUAGCGAGUUGUUCGAGCAGAUGCGAGCGUUCGAUGCUGAAGGCUUCGACGACUUCAACAUCUACGACUCCAUGGCCAUGAAAUGAUGUGACCUGCAGUAAGUGGAUCGUUAACCCUAAUUAUAUUUAGUUGUAGUUUUGAGUCAAUUGUAAUAAGAGCUAUAAUCGCGUGGCAUAUUUACAAGUUGUUUUAUUAUACGUAGUUUUGUUCGUGCCAUAGAUGUUCUGAGAUGUCUAUAUGUCAAUAAUAUGUUAUAUAUCAGCAUCAGUGCCUUCCCUAAUCCCUUAUAUGUUUAACAUUUCAAUUUAUUUCUAUCUAUAUUAUAUUAGAUGUUUAUUUGCAAGAUAAUGUUUUAUAAAUAAGAUUUUAAACCAUUAGAGAUUGAUUUAUGACAUUGAUUAAAUAUGUAUUGUAUAGGAUGUAAGUUUUAAAACAGAAAAUUUACAAAACGCGCAUUUUUUUUCUCGGAAUAUACCACAGAUAUUUAAUAUUUUGAAUGACAAUAAAAUAGAGACAGAUAACAUUACAGUUCCAUUUUUUGCUCAAGGCGCAAUUUUGAGUUAACUAUUUCUACAAUAAAAUAAAUACCAUCUCUUACAUCCUGUAUACAUUUAGCAAAACUUGGAAUUCGUCCUAUCUUAUAAGAAGAAAAUAAAAUAUAAUUAUGAACAUUAUACAAAAUAUAUUUACACGAAAAAGAUUUUAAACAGCUGUGCUUGUUAUUGCAAUUUUUAAUUAUAUAUUUACGUAAAUAUGCGCAGAUUUUAACCAAUCAAAGUGUAAUCGAAUGUUGCCUUCUUUGUAGAGUUGUUGACACUCAAAUUAUAUUGACACGAACUUUUUAUGACACAUUUCCUUAUAUUUUAAAUGGCCAUUCAAACCCAUGACGUCAUUUUGGUCUGCUGACUAAAAGUCUAAUGUCACAGUCAUUGACAAUUAUUAGUGAAAUAUAGUGUCAACUCAGUUAUAGUAUGUAUUGUCGUAUAAUAAAAUAAUAACAAUAGUUAAUGAUGGUUUUAAGAUUGCUUGCAAUGCACACUAAUAAAUAUAUCUAUUAGUAGUAAAAUAUAUUAUGUAGUAAAGAAAAAAUAUUUUUAAUGAACUAUGGCAGCAUUUUUUUCUUAUAUAAAUCUAUAUAUUUUAUGCAGAGAUUGAUAUAAUUGCAAAUACAAAUAAUCAUUUAAAAAAUAUUAAACUUAUGCAUUUAUUUUUUUUGUUGAUAAGUAUACCGGUAAAAAAAGCCGUUGAAUGUAUACAAAUAUUUUAUAAUUCUGUAUACAUUAUGUGUUAUAGCUCUAGCGCUUUUAUUAUUUUUAUGUUUUAUUAUUUCUUAAUUCAAUUUGAUAUCUUUGACUAUCAGUUUGGCGCAAAAUGUGUUACUAGUGACAUCUAUGUUUUUUGACUAUUUUGUCCUCACAGAAUCGACCCUAUAGAAUAGAAUUUAUGUAUUCUAUAGGGUCGAAUAAUAUAGACUCUAGUGUAAUAUACUUCCGCAAAAGGGUAUGACACCUCAACCAUACUUAGGUACUCGGCUUACUUUUGGUGCUCUUUCAAAACUUUUUUGCUAUUUUUUGCAGUCAAAGUAACUGAAUUUAUUUUUAUUGGCAUUUGAAUUUAAAUAUUAAAGUACGAAAGUUUCUUAUGGAUUGAAUCCAUUUUUUUCAUAUUCGCGAAAAACUAAACAGAUUUCUCUAUGUUAUAAUGUAUGUUUUUAUAGGAAACUUUGUCGAAUCAAAUUUAUGGUGUCAUUGCCUCUAUUGCAGGAAUCUUUGUACAAUAAUAUCACGAAGUUAAUUAUUAAUAUAAAAUAUAUAAAUGCACUAACGCUGUAUCACUUUUUGGUGUGCUUUCAACGUAUUCGAUGUUAUAUGUUUUACGAAAUAUUAUGUGGUUAUAAGAAACGUAGGAUGUUAAGAAAGUAUGUAGGUAGUUUGUUAAAGCACGACCAACACAUUAAAGUUUUACCCUUUUAAAGGCAGGGAAUAUAUUUCCCACGGUAUUUUCAACCUUAGUAUCUGGUUUUAAGGUCCAGUUGAAUUAAAAAUUAAAAUUUGCUAUGUCCUAAGGCUCAACUCAUAUAUUAGGAAACUGUUUAGUGAUUUUUAAAGAUAUAGAGAUUUCACAUGAAAUUUUGUGAUAUGGAGAGGCCUUAUUAAUGGACGACAAAACGGGAAUUUAGAUUCUGUAUUAAUAACACGUUACGUGUCGAUCGACGGGAUUUAGAUCAUUAAAUUGGUUCAUUUUUGGGGAACAUUAUUAAAAUUUGUAUUCUUAAGUUCGUUCGAAAACCUUUUUUGAACCGCCUAAUUGUAAAAAAAUAUUUUAAAGAUAAUUAUACUAAGGUUUUGUUAUUGUUAAAUAAAUUCAUUCGGUACUGUGACUCAAUAAGUUGCAAAAUAAAUGUAUAGUCCAAAAUUUUAUAUAGCAAAACCUUAAAGUUGACAGCGGACGUCAAAAAUUGUACAGACACUAGCGCCACCAACACAAACUGAACUGUCAAAUAAUUAACCGUCGAUCGACUUUGUAACUGUAAAAAACAAGGCAGGGUGUCAAAAAUGGUGAAAAGGGAUCGCAGACCAAGUUGUAGUAUCAUAUCCGUAUUUUGCUAAAUUCAAUUAUAAUCUUCGGCCUAUUUUUUGAAGUACUUAAUUAAAAUCUAUUGUUCUAAAUUUAGCCUAAACGUACCCCAAUUGUUUUGUUAACCAGUUUAGUAUUAAUCAGUGCAUUUUGACUGUGUAUAGUCAGCGUCAAAUAGUUCGUGAUACUCAAAGUAGCUAAAAAGUUCGCAACACCCAAAGUAGCCAAAAAUUCCGCAACACGUAUGUUAUAAUAAUAAUAAAUAAAUAUCCUUGGACAUUUUACACUACGCUUCUAGUCCCAAACUAAGCAAAGCUUGUAAUAUGGGUACUAGACAACGGAUAUAAACAUACAUAUAGCCUGACCAGGAACAUAAAAACCCUGGCAUAGAGGCGCGUCAAUUGCAUUUGAUAGUGCAACACUGGGUACAGUCGUACCUGUAUUAAAUUAAUAGGUUAACUUUAUGUAUCAGGAUUCAGGAUUAUAGGCUAAUUUUAUAUUUUCAUAAAUUAACAAAAAAAUAUUAUAUUAUAGGUAAACUGGUUUAAAUAAAUUAAAUGAAACCAUCAAUCGAGCAAGUAGGAUUUUAUUAUUAUUCAUCAAUAAUCAAAUUCUGAACUUGAAUAUUCAACUACAAUGUCUGCUCAUGAACUCUUCAAACUCGGUACUUCUUUCCCAAUUCCAUAAAAUUCAAUACUUACAAAGUGACAAAAAACUUUAAAAUAGGUAGUUGAAACAAACCACAGCUAAUUUUCAUAGUUGACUGUACUAUACGAUAAACAUGUCAGUCAAUUUGACAACCUUUGUCGGAAACUUAUUCAAUGAAAAUAUUGUCCGAACCCUUAGUAUUUCUCUUCGACAAAUUCUUUAACACAUUGUGAACCACUUUUCUUUCACGACUAUAAAAAGAUUUUAGCAAUUUAAUUCACAAAAUCAAUUGCGCACAUUUAAAAUAAAGUUUGUUUACACUUUGACAGCAAUAGACUGACAUGCAAGGUGACAUGUCAAUGAAGUUUUCAGUUACUGAUGCCAUUAAAAGAAAUUAGUACCAUUAAUUUUCCGCAACAUGGCGAGGGUUUUUAUGUUCCUGGUCAGGCUAUACUUCAUUUUUUUGUUACAAUUGGAAUAAGGUUGUCUUGUCAAAUUGGCCACUUUGAGUGUCUAGAACUAUUUGACGCUGACUGUACCUAUUAUAGAUAUAGUCUGGUCUGCGAGCACGUAGAAUUUUGUCACUGCGGGAGCUCGUCGCACAGUCGCGACAGCAAUAUAAUUACGCGCGAGCGAUAAGGAUGGGUAGCUUGGGGUCAUUGGACAUUCUACGUGCUCACAGACCGGGCUUUACAUAUUAUUAUGUGUUAGAAGCACUUGCAAUUAAUAAAGUAACGUCAAUUACAAAAUUAUUGUAUUAAAAAUGGUCUAGGUGUGUUGAUAUAAAUUGAUGUUGAAUGUAUAGUUGUUUGGAAAAUUUAUCGUUAAAACUAAAUGUAAAAUAUUGCUAACUUUCGAGUGUAAGUAAAUAUUUAAUCUCUCACACCUGCGAGUGUUUUAGUGAGAGAGUAAGACUAGGCGUAGACCAUCGAUUUUUCGUCGGCCGAUAGUUUAGUCGGGCAGUUGAUCAGUAUGGGCAUGUAUGGAAGUGCGCACAUUUCACCGAUUCGAUUUGGCCGAUUCUUCAUACAAUUUAAAAUCGGGCGAACUAUCGGCCAACUAAAAAUCGAUGGUCUGCGCCUAGUCCGGAUCUAUCGAGAUAAUUAUAGAAGUUAUGAGUAGCAUCGAUACAUCGACAUCGAAUUCAUUAUGAUGGUCACACUAAUGCUAGAGAAGUAACUGUAGAGUUUGAAUUGUCGAUAAUUUAUCCAGCCAUCAUUUGAUCCAUCCAUAGAAUUAACUAAAGAUGCUACGAUACGUUCACAUGAUAGGUAACUCAACACAUCGCAUCGCAAUUGCGUCGGCUAUGUGCUAUGUACAACUAUCGAUACUUACCGAGUGGCGCCAUUUAAAAAAUAUCGAUGUUUUAGAUAUACAGCCUUUGCCUUUUGAGGGUUGUGAAUUCGAACUAUUGUAAAUCGCUAUUAUAUUGUAGUAUCAAACGAACGAUUCUCGCGUACAGUCAACGUCAUUACAUAUAUCGCACUUUUAGACAAAAGUGGCGCAACUCAAAAUAAUCCAAAAACUACAUGAACUACUUUCUGUUCCUCAAAAAGAAGUAUUUUGAGUUGUUCUUGGUUAAAAUGAUGAAUUGUAAUUUCUAAAGGAUUUUUUGUCAUAAAAAAAUUAACCCUUGGUUCUACAUAAUAUUAAGCUUCGCUCCUGGUUUUGGCUUAGGUGUGACGCUUUGCAACGGAGCGAAGUAGAUAAUAUACUUUGAACUUUGAAGAUAAUAUUAGUUAUAAGAUAAUAUUAGUGGCCGGCAUGGCACCUAUCUUAUCAUUAAAAGUAGACGACAAAUGAAUGGAAUUAUCAUUUAAAAUCGAUAAAACGAUAAUAUAAGUUUCAUUUAAGACCACCAAACUGUAGAUCCUCCUGGCUAUACAGGAAUUGCAGUGGUGAAAACGUGAAUAAGAAAGUCCCGUCUGUCGUGGCAAAAAUAUUUUUGGAAUUUUCCAUUUUUAUAUAAAUUCCGAUGUUUAUAUAAAUUUGACGUUGACUGUACCGUGAUAGCUAUAUUUUAGUGUGUAUAUUAAAAUAAAAACGUAUAUAAGUCUGUGUUCAUGUUUUCGCUUGCGCACGCUACGAUAUUGAAAUAUUAUUUUAUGUAUUUCUUUUUCACAUAAAAAAUAUAUUUAACUUCAGCAAAAAUCUAUUUUAGAACUAGGUAUUCGGUAUAUUCUACAAUAUUCUUAUAUGACUAUAAAUUGUUUAAAAAUCUUGACAACAUAUUAUUUUAAUUUGAUAUCUACUUCGGUUAAGUGUAAUUUUAAAAGUAUGUAUAAAUUAUACAGGGUGUCCCAAAAACAAUGGAUAACCUUCUAUCGAUAGACCCUCACUAUGGUUUCUCUACUAUAAAAUAAAGAAAAAUAAAAUAAAACCAUCGGUUUUGGGACACCCUGUAUAUGACCCUUAACCCGUCGACCGCAAGCCUAUACCAUGUUGAUGUUUGCGCCUGGUUAUACUUACAUUGUAAUAAAAAUUAUCUCUGUUGAAA